AUGUGUUAUUUGUUUAUAUAUUUGUCUCUUCCUAGGUUUGUGAAGAGGAGAAGAGCAAUGAAGACGUCUUCCCAUUAGCCAUUAAUUAUUUGGACAGAUUUUUAGCAGUGAUGCCCACGAGAAAGAGUUUUUUGCAGCUUCUGGGAGCUGUGUGCAUAUUCCUGGCCUCCAAGUUAAAAGACAGCAGGCCGCUGUCUGCAGAGAAACUCUGCAUGUACACGGACAACUCCAUCACACCACGGGAACUGCUGGACUGGGAACUGGUGGUGUUGGGGAAGUUGAAGUGGAACAUGGCCCCAGUCAUUCCCAAUGAUUUCAUAGAUCACAUCAUUCGCAGGCUGCCCCUUCCCAAAGACAGACUGCCGAUGGUUCGCAAACACACCCUCACAUUCAUCGCCCUCUGUGCCACAGAUGACCGCCUCGCCAUGAACCCUCCUUCUAUGAUCGCCACAGGCAGCAUGGGAGCUGCUGUGUGCGGCCUCCAGCUGGACCAGGCUGACCAGAGGCUGACCAGAGACAACCUGACCGACCUGCUGGCCAAGAUCACCAACACAGAGGUGGAUUGUUUGAGGGCGUGUCAAGAGCAAAUUGAGCGCGUGCUGGCCGCCAGCCUGCAGCAGGGUCAACAGUCCCGACAGGAGACCGGAGUCAGAGCAGGAAACAAGGCCAGGGAGCAGCAGGACCAGUCCAGCACCCCCACAGACGUACGCGACGUCAACUUAUGAACUGCCAAUCACUCGCUCACCAACUGGCAGAACACCACUCAUGAACUAAUGUAAGAGAGCCAGAGCCAGAGCCAGAGCCAGAGCGAGCUGCCAGUAUCUCCAUGGAAACACUGCAUGAAUGACAGUGAGACAAUCUCUGAACUCCUUAUUAGAAAUUAAGAAAAUGUCUAGUUUUUCUUCUCCUUUUCACCCCGUUCAUCCUUUCACCUGUGUUUGUGCGGGCCACAUGUAAUCCAACAAGCUAUUUAAAAGAAAAGGAAAAACAAGAAAAACUUGAUAGUGCCUGAGGUUCCCC